AUGGAGCCCAACAGUCCCAAAAAGAUCCAGUUUGCUGUGCCCUUAUUUCAGAGUCAGAUAGCACCUGAGGCAGCUGAGCAGGUUGGUCUCUGUUCACAGAUCAGGAAAAGAAGGCCCACACCAGCAUCUCUUGUGAUUCUCAAUGAGCACAACUCACCAGAAAUAGAUGAGAAGAGGGUCACCAACUCACAAGGAGAAUCACAGAAUGCAUCUCCUAAGCAGAGGAAACAGAGUGUGUAUACGCCUCCCGCUAUGAAAGGGGUUAAACAUCUGAAAAACCAGAAUGACUCAGCAUUCCCAGAGGAAGAAGAAGGAGUAAAUGAAAGAGAAGACCAGUGUGAACACUAG